AUGAGUCGUGAUAUUGAUGAGAAUAGUGCUAGGGCGUACUCUGUUACAAGGCGAAGGCAACUAAAUGUGAUCAGAAUAGGCCAGCUCUAUAUUGGGUCUAUGAAAGGAAAUGGAAGAGAGUUGGCGGAGUUGAUGAGGAUAAAAAGAGUGGAUAUUUUGUGUGUGCAGGAAUCUCGAUGGAAGAGUAAGAAAGCCAAAGAACUGUGGGAUGGCUACAAGCUAAUCUAUAGUGGAGCAAAUGAGCAGGGUAGGAAUGUCAUUGGUGUAGUGUUGUCGGGGGAAAUGAAGAAUGCAGUGGCGGAAGUGAGUAGAAAGAAUGUCUGCAUUAUGAGGGUGAAGAUAUGUUAUGGAGGGGAAACAAUGAACAUCAUUAGUGCUUAUGCUCCACAAGUGGGCUGCACAGAGGAAGAAAAGAACCGUUUUUGGAACGAAAUGAGUGAGGUAACACAAGAACUGGAAGAGCAGGAGAGGAUUGUAGUGGGGGCAGAUUUUAACGGACAUUUCGGAAAUGAAAAGGAUGUAAUUGAACGUGUGCAUGGAGGGCAUGGGAUCGGGGAGAGAAACCCAGAAGGAAAGAGUUUAGUAGACUUUGCUGUGUCCUUUGAUAUGUUGCUUGCCACAGACUCUUGUGUACUCAUCAUAGAUUAUAAACAAUGGAAACCUAUGGGGAGCCACAUCCUCGGCACACACCGAUGCUACUCUGUGGUGUCACAGUAUGGCUCGUGUAAUCCUGGCCUAAGAGACGAUAAAUCGGACAAGUUCAUAGUAAACACUGGAGCAUCCAGAUCUUUCAUCCCAUCCAGCCUGAAUGAACAACUCAACCCUACUUCCCACGCUAACCUCCACGUAUCAACUGCCAGUGGAGUACCACUGACAAUGUACGGAAGGCUGGAGAUGUGA